ACCAUGCUAAACUUACUUAUAUUAAGUUUAUGUGUGGUGCUUACAGUUUAUGGUGGGGAUGCUUCUACACCAUUUUUUAAGAAAAAGUUGACUAGAAGUACAAAUGCCUGCUUCAAGUCAAUUGAAACUGAAAACUUGAUUGAGUGCAAGGUGGAAUGCAGCACGGACAAAACAUGUCAAACAUUCAACUUUGGAGAGGGAAAAUGUGAAUUCUGCAGUGGAUCAACAUCUGAAAAUUAUGAAUCCAUGUACAGCCCACAAACCCAGUACUUCUUCACAAAUGAUAUUGAUGAGGAUAGGAAAAUCAAAAAUGCAACAAGAAUGACUGCUGUUUUACUUGGUGGGAUUGCAGGAGGGGCUGCAGUACUACAUAAACAAAUUUAUUAUUGUGGUGGAGAAUUAACUGGUGGCGUAAGUAAAGACUGCUUUAAGAAUAAAGAAGGAGUUUGGGUUCCAGUGGCGAGCAUGAAUGAAGCAAGACAUGCCUUUCAGAUGAACACUGUGGGGUCUAAAUUUCUCAUUACAGGGGGAUUUAUAAAUGGUGUUUCUUCUGAUUCUAUGGAACUAUACAGUGGAGGUAUUUGGACUAAACUUGAACUAAAACUAUCAUCUGGUGUUCAUAAUCAUUGCGGAGUAACUAUCAGUGAGAGUGAAGUAAUUGUGACUGGUGGCUUUGGUGAUAGAAUAUUGAAAACUGUUCAAAAAAUAGAUAUAACAACUGGACUGGUUGUGAGCCUAUUUCCUCUUAUAAAAGCUAGAACAACCCAUGGUUGCGGACUCUAUAAUGGUGAAGUGUAUGUUGCUGGUGGAUAUGCUGAACCUGGAACUAACCAUGUUGAAGUCCUUAGUCUGGAGACUUGGAAAUGGACAGCCUUUACACCUAUGAACAAUGACAGAAGAGAUUUUUCCAUGGCAGUUCUGGACGGAUAUCUUGCUGCGUUUGGAGGAGACGGGUCAGGCGGAAGACGGUCUGUGGAAAUCUACAAUUUUACAACAGGAAGCUGGGAGACCAGAGUGUUGAAAUCUGAUCAUCUCUUUCAUGCAACUGUCACUGUUCCAUGUGUGUAGAAACGGAAUCCGUAAUUGUAAUUUAACUUGACUUUCUCGGUACAAAUUUUAUUUAACACUAUUUUUAAUGCUAAAAUCUUUUGCUUGAGGUUUGCUUAGGUUUUCAUCGAUAUCUGUAUCCAAGCUAUAUGCACAAUAUUGAUUUAAAUAUUGAUCCAAGCUAUAUGCACAAUAUUGAUUUGAAAUCUAAAAAUUUUAAACAGUUGAUUGUUGAUUUAAGCAGCCUAAAGUUACAUAAGAUAAUUUACUUGAACAAAAUAUGACGAGAGGUUUAUUAGAUCAUGUACAUAAACUUUAAUAGGACGAGAGGUUUAUGAGAUCAUGUACAUAAACUUUAAUAGGACGAGAGGUUUAUGAGAUCAUGUACAUAAACUUUAAUAGGACGAGAGGUUUAUGAGAUCAUGUACAUAAACUUUAAUUUGUUUGAAAAUACAGUAUAGCAUACCCCAAAUUUUCAUUUGAUACCAUUUAAAGCUUGAAAAAAGGGAAAUGCUGGGGGCUGGAAAAGUCAUGUGUUUGUGUCUGUACC